ACGUGGCUUGGGUCCGCCAUCUUGGCCAGAGGCGAAGCGGCGGAGGCUCCUGUCAGGGGCAGCAGGUCCGGAGCGGCCCGAGCUCCGCUUCCCUGGGCUGCAGCCCGAGCCGCAGCGGAGCCAGAGCGUGGUGCGCCCCACCUGCGGCCUCACCAUGGUGCUGUUGGCAGCAGCAGUCUGCACGAAAGCUGGAAAGGCUAUUGUUUCUCGACAGUUUGUGGAGAUGACCCGCACUCGGAUUGAAGGUUUAUUAGCAGCUUUUCCAAAACUCAUGAACACUGGAAAACAACACACUUUUGUUGAAACAGAGAGUGUAAGAUAUGUCUACCAACCUAUGGAGAAACUGUACAUGGUAUUGAUCACUACCAAAAACAGCAAUAUUUUAGAAGAUUUGGAGACUUUAAGGCUCUUCUCAAGAGUGAUUCCUGAAUAUUGUCGCGCCUUAGAAGAAAAUGAAAUAUCUGAGCACUGUUUUGAUUUGAUUUUUGCUUUUGAUGAAAUUGUUGCUCUGGGAUACCGGGAGAAUGUUAAUUUGGCCCAGAUCAGAACCUUCACAGAAAUGGAUUCUCAUGAGGAGAAAGUGUUCAGAGCAGUCAGAGAGACUCAGGAACGUGAAGCUAAGGCUGAGAUGCGGCGUAAAGCAAAGGAAUUACAACAGGCCCGAAGAGAUGCAGAAAGACAGGGCAAGAAAGCACCAGGAUUUGGUGGAUUUGGUAGUUCUGCGGUGUCUGGAGGCAGCACAGCAGCCAUGAUCACAGAAACUAUCAUUGAAACUGAUAAACCAAAAGUGGCACCUGCACCAGCCAGACCUUCAGGUCCUAGCAAGGCUUUGAAACUUGGAGCCAAAGGAAAGGAAGUAGAUAACUUUGUGGACAAAUUGAAGUCUGAAGGUGAAACUAUUAUGUCUUCUAAUAUGGGGAAUCGUACCUCGGAAGCAACCAAAGUGCAUGCUCUGCCCAUUAAUAUGGAAAGUGUGCAUAUGAAGAUUGAAGAAAAGAUCACAUUAACCUGGGGAAGAGAUGGGGGAUUACAGAAUAUGGAGUUGCAUGGCAUGAUCAUGCUUAGGAUCUCAGAUGAAAAAUUUGGCCGGAUUCGUCUCCAUGUAGAAAAUGAAGAUAAAAAAGGGGUGCAGCUCCAGACCCAUCCAAAUGUGGAUAAAAAGCUUUUCACUUCAGAAUCUCUCAUUGGCUUGAAAAACCCAGAGAAGUCAUUUCCAGUCAACAGUGAUGUAGGGGUACUUAAAUGGAGACUACAGACAACAGAGGAAUCUUUUAUUCCCUUGACAAUUAAUUGCUGGCCCUCUGAAAGUGGAAAUGGUUGUGAUGUGAACAUAGAAUAUGAGCUGCAGGAGGAUAAUUUAGAGCUCAAUGAUGUGGUCAUCACCAUCCCACUCCCAUCGGGUGUUGGUGCGCCAGUGAUUGGUGAGAUUGACGGUGAAUAUCGACAUGACAGUCGGCGAAAUACCUUGGAGUGGUGCCUGCCAGUGAUUGAUGCCAAAAAUAAGAGUGGCAGCUUGGAGUUCAGCAUUCCUGGGCAGCCCAAUGACUUCUUCCCUGUUCAAGUUUCCUUCAUCUCCAAAAAAAAUUACUGCAACAUACAGGUUACCAAAGUGACCCAGGUAGAUGGAAACAGCCCUGUCAGAUUUUCCACAGAGACCACUUUCUUAGUGGACAAAUAUGAAAUCCUGUAAUACCAAGAAGGAGGAAAACCGAAAAGGAAGGAUUUCAGAUUAAUAAAGAAGAAGCCAAAAGUGGCUGAAGAGUUUUUCCAAAUUUACAA